AUUUACCAGUUGUCUCUCUCUGUGUCACCUUACAGCAAGCUACAGCUCCUUCCCUAUGGAGAGUGCUAACAGCACCUACAGCAGUGGCUACUCCAGUGGUUUCGGCGGUGGAUAUGGCGGUGGAUACGGCAGUGGAUACGGCGGUGGAUACAGUGGCAGCAACUACAGCUCCGGUAGCGGCUACGGUGGCGGCAGCACCUCCAACGUCACCACCCAGAACAAGAAGAGUGUCGUCAUCAAGAUGAUCGAGACCAAGGAUGGAAAAGUUGUCUCUGAGACCUCCGAAGUGGUUGAUGAUUGAGCGGCUGGAUAAUGCCCUUUUGUCUACCCUCUUGAUCACCAUUCCACUACAGUGUAACAAUUAAAGUCAAAGGCAAACAAUGUUACAUGAGCACAAAUAUAAAUGUGGCUCUUAAGCAAUAAACAGUUUUAAUCCAACCAAAGAUUAGGGGACCACAGAAUAUUUUUCUUGUUCAUACUGUAUGUCUUAUGCCUUUUCUUAUUCUGUACUAAAACUAAAUGCUUGCAGGAAAUUAGCAAAAAAUGAAGUUGCAACUUGUAGAACAUUCUGUCGAAACCUCUGCAACCCUGUUAACUGUAAAGAGGGCCAUUCUCUGAGUUCAGUUGCAUGAAAUGGAUGAUAAUGUGUACUGUCCAUGACAAGCGUUGCUCAGAGUGGGUGUGAAUGUGACAGUGCAGCACCAGUGUUCUUGGUCAACCUGUCUAAAAUGUCUGCUAUGCUAGAUAGUAGUGCAUGUCUUCCCUGUUGUGUUCUGUUGGACCCCAAAGAAGCUUCCCACUGUUGCCUGAGGUGCUGUUUUUGCUACCAAACAAUUAAAUGUGUUUUUACUGAAAACUUA